CAAAAGUGGAAGCGGCCCGCUGUCUCCGUCUCUUUCCUCCCCUGAUCACGCCCAAAACCCUAGUUUUCUUCGGUGGUGGAAUUAAGAAGAAACCCUCGAUCCGCGUCGAGAACUCUCCAUCCACCGGUCUUCUAAAAGGACACGAUCCAUUUCCUUGCCUCUUGGUUGUAUUCCUGGGAGUAGGAAAAGGAUCGGGUGGACUCAGAUGAGAAUUAGGCUGGUUUCCUCUCGCAAAUCGUAGUUCUCGGGUGCAGGGAUGCUAGUCCUGAGGCCGAUCACGGUCGCCGGUCACAUAUGUUUCGGCGGAUGAGAUACCUCAUCGGCCUGAACCCGAAGACCCCACCCACGAAGAGAUUGCUCGAUGCGAGGCCGCGGCGAGUUAAGUUCCAGCCGCCAGACAUGCUAGAGACAGUCCACGAGAUCGCCAUCUACAUUCAUCGGUUCCAUAACCUCGAUCUCUUUCAGCAAGGAUGGUACCAGAUAAAGAUAAGUGCGCGGUGGGAAGACAGCAGCCUGCAUUCUUGCGGUACUCCGUCCAGAGUUAUUCAGUAUGAAGCUCCCAACACAGUCUCAGAUGACCUUUUGGGUGUUUGGAGAAUUGAUGAUGCUGAUCAUAGUUUCUCUACCCAGCCAUUCAAAAUUAAAUAUGCUAGGCAGGAUGUUCCUUUAUCUGUUAUGGUAUCUUUCAAUUUUGCCAUAGGGAAGGAUGAGAAACCAUUAAUAUCUGCAGUUAUACUAAAGUUUGAGCUCAUGUAUGCUCCAAUUUUGGAAAAUGGCCAUGAAAUUCAGGCCUCUUUUGAUAUGAUUCCAGUUGCUGUCCAUGAAUUCAAGAUCCCUCCAAGAGCACUCUUUGGUCUGCAUUCAUACUGUCCUGUUCAUUUUGAUGCUUUCCAUGCAGUGCUUGUUGAUUUAAGUGUACACAUUGUUUACCUGAAAGCUGGUGCUAGCACCCAAGAGAAGCUAUCAAGUGCUUCUGUGACGAUGGAACAUAUUUCUGAUGAAUACCAUGAAGAACACAACCAUUUAGUGGGUCAGGGGUGGAGCUCAAAAGCAGUCGAAAUUAUUAAAUCACUGUUAGUUUCACGCGAGCUACUUCUUGAAGAAAUAAAAAACUUAAGCAAAGCAUUGGGUCAAAGUAUUGAUGAUUUGCAGUUUGCUGACCUAAAUCUUGGAAGAUUUGAGUUUAUAGAUUCUUCAUUAAGGAAUGAUUUAUCUACUGCAAAUUCAGUCAUUUCUGGAUCAAAGGUGGGUGUUGGACAUUUAGCUGGCAUGCUACAGAAUAUUCUGGAGAAAUCAAAUGGUACUGUUGAUUUUGGCAAUGAUGUCAUUUUCUACUCGUUGUCCAAGGAUGAACUGUUGGAUCUAUUUUUCACUCUCGGCAACCAACUAUCUUUUUUGUGGAAUACGUUUUUGAAGUUCCAUAGGGUAAAUAGAAUUUCAAUACUUGAGCAUCUCCAUGGUGUCUGGGCUAUGAAUCGUGAGGCAGAGUGGUCUAUAUGGUUGGUUUAUUCCAAGAUAGAAGUUCCCCAUCGUUACAUGAGAAGUGGAGCUGAUGAUCCUUCUCACCAUGGAAAAGUAGUAGGUUUGAGGAAGUCCAGCGAUGAGCCAGCUCAAAGUGCAACAACACGUGCUGAACUUCAUCGGAAAAGUAUUGCACAAAUGAAAAUAAACAGCCACUCUAUUCAAGACAUGCAUAUAUUUGGUGACCCUUCACGUGUUCCUGUUGUUCUAGUGGAACAGAAAGUCAUUGAUCUUCCUAACAAUUCAGCCUGGCAGUCUUUGAAUCAGAAUGCUGCUGCAAUACCUACAGCUUUUGGAAAAAAUGGUGUACCCAGAUUCACUCUGGAACCUAAGAGGAGUAAUCGUGUGCUACGAGCAGUUGUGUUUGUGCAUGGAUUUCAGGGGCACCAUCUGGAUUUACGGCUUGUUCGGAACCAAUGGCUUCUGAUAGAUCCUGGAGCUGAAUGUCUUAUGUCAGAAGCUAAUGAAGAAAAAACAACCGGAGAUUUUAGAGAAAUGGGUAGUAGGUUGGCUGAAGAAGUAAUCACCUUCCUUAGAAAGAAGAUGGAUAGACUUUCAAGAUAUGGAGGCUGUAAAGACAUAAAGCUUAGCUUUGUUGGGCAUUCUAUUGGAAACAUCAUCAUAAGGAGUGCCUUAACAGAGAGUGUAAUGGCACCUUUCUUGAAGCACUUGUAUACAUAUAUAUCAAUAUCCGGGCCACAUUUAGGGUACUGGUACAGCUCAAAUUCAUUGUUUAAUUCAGGAUUGUGGCUUAUGAAAAAACUCAAGGGAGCUCAGUGCAUUCAUCAACUUACUUUUACUGAUGAUCCAGAUCUCCAAAAUACAUUUUUUUAUAAGCUUUGUAAGCAGAAGACACUAGAAAAUUUCAAAAACAUUAUCCUGUUAUCCUCCCCACAGGAUGGUUAUGUACCCUACCAUUCUGCCAGAAUUGAAUCAUGCCCGGCUUCCUCUUGGGAUCAGUCAAAGAAGGCACAUGUCUUCAUGGAAAUGCUCAACAAUUGCUUGGAUCAGAUCCACGCUCCUUCAUCUGAAAGGCGAGUACUUAUGCGGUGCGAUGUGAAUUUUGACACAUCUUCUCAAGGGAGAAACUUAAAUACAUUCAUUGGGCGAGCAGCACACAUAGAGUUUCUUGAGACUGACAUGUUUGCCAAAUUCAUCAUGUGGUCCUUCCCAGACUUCUUCCUCUAAAGACUGCGCUCGAUCUUCUGUUCUCUCCUUUUUCCAUCCGUCCCUUUUCCCCAACUAACAUUAGGGAAGUCACUGACAUGAAGAGCUGAGAUGGCUUUUUGCAACUUGCUGGAUCUGAAACGCAUGGAGUGCACGGAGCUGGAGAUGAAACACAAAGCAGUCUAAUGUAGGUUGUAUGGAGGAAUCUUUUCCCCCCGAAAGCCUUGUAUGUUAGUUCCUUCUUAUAUGAGUGUACAUGUUGUAGCCCCACCUUUCUAACAUAUCUUAUUCGGGUAUAGGGUUCUGCAGGUGUUGUAAGGUAAUCUGCGGCUGGUAAAUGUAAGUAUCAUGUGCUUGCAUAGGUAGCACAAUUUCAUAAUAGUCUCUUGUUUGUCAACCAAUUUGCAGUCGCACAAUUUCAUAAUAGUCUCUUGUUUGUCAACCAA